CCGAGAAGACCCUCCGGAUUACUGAUGCUGGUAGCCUGGAGCCACUUUCAACAGAAUGGGGGUAUAUUCAUAUUCUAAUCGAGCCCAUAAUGCCGUAGCCUAAUCGCGAGCGGUGAUGACAAUGUUGAUUCUCCACCGUGACCAGGCAGCCUAUUCUGCUAGAGGACCGAACAGAACUUGGUAUUGGGCGAUAUAUAAAGAUCCAUUAACAUCCCUAUUCUAGGUGACUGUUACACAAGGGUCGACCGCAUUCAUUCAUAUACCAACACUGCAAAGGAGCUUCACCUGGCAGCCAUCCAUGACUGCUCCUCCACCUCCCCCUCCUCCUCUUUCGCGAUUUUCUUCCCCCUCUGCUUUGAUUCUUACAUCGACUGCUGGUUCUGAAAAUCUCUUUGCAGGCGAAGCAACCGAAAAGAAUCAUUACAAGAGCAAUGAUGUGACGAUCUUUGCAUGGAACGGAGAUAAUACGGACACAACUGAAUUCGAAUUUCCAAGACUGGAAGAGAGUAAAGGGAGUGUUUCGCUUCGCGCCGUGGUUACCCAAUAUGUUGGAUCUCUUCAUUCUCGGAAAGUGACUGCCGACAAGCUUUUCCAAAUACUCGGACGCUUGAGAUGUCUGCGGUAUGCGAUUGACAGUUACAAUUCUGGCUUGCUGUCCCAGACCCACGAAUUCACCCAAUACUGGCGUCACCAUACCUUAGGCUUGCUCUCUGGUUUCGGAUUCCGUCCGGGUGCUGAACCAGAGAUAAUUCAAGUUGUUGGGCUCCCUGAGCUUAUCUCUCAACUAGAAUUGAUCUUUCAGAAAAGAAUCCAAGAAGCUCAAGAGUCGAUCGCAAGGGGAAUGAUUACCUUUGAUGGAUUGGGCGAACUGUUCAAACCAGAUAUGCCUGUGAAAUGUACGGCUGUCCCUGCAUCUGCUCCAUGUGUUUACCGUGUCUCGGAUUGCUUCUAUGAAGAGCGCCGUACACUCUUUGGAUCACAAAAGCACUUCCAUGUCACGAUGGAGGUGGUAGUUCUAGUAGGAGACCACUUCUCCGUGGUCACGUUCUCGGAGGUUUUACCUCCUUGGAGUGGAGUGCAUCGUCGCAGUCUCGCUGACUUCGGUUACCAUCCUAUAACUGAGAGUGAACGGCAAAUGUUUCAAGCACGCGGUGAACGAGUUGUCGAACAUGGGCUAGGUGGCGCCAAAUACCUUAGCUAUGGAGCCAACACCUUCUAUGUCCAUACGAGUCGAUCCAAAAGAGACGUUUCUGGGAUGACACAGGCUACUAAUAGCACAGUUUCCCUGACAUCAGGUCGCAUUAUGAUUGACGUGGCCCGAGGAUCGUCACUGGGGCACUACCCUUGUCAGGGCGUUGAUGAGGCGACCUUGUCUAUAAUACAGCUCGCAGGGCGCUAUCGGCAAUGGCUUUCUAAGCGGUCCCGCUUCGACACGCUGGAGACCGAUCAGCUCAUUUUAUGGGAGACUGUGCCCAGAGACUUUGUCAUCUUUUGCUGGCCCACCCUUGUCGGCUUCAGCUUUACUACUAAGGCUUGGGGCCAUGUUCUGGUUGACGGUCUAUCGCCUAUUGAGUUUCAGGAUCAAGCGUUUGAUCAUUUAGUACUCCAGCAGGAGCGCAAAGACCUUAUUCGCGCGGUGGUUCGCCAUGGAACGGCCCUUCAAACACCCGAUGUCAUUGGUGGAAAACAAGGCGGGCAGAUAUUUCUCCUACACGGGCCUCCAGGAGUUGGGAAGACUCUGACGGCUGAAGCCAUUGCAGAAGUUCUCCAUCGUCCACUAUACUACGUCACCAUGGGUGAGCUUGGAGUGACACCGGAAGAUCUGGAGCGAAGAUUGUCCGAUGUUCUUGAAUUAUGUGCUGAGUGGGACGCACUGGCCGUUCUUGACGAGGCGGACGUCUUUCUGGAGACCCGAAGCACUUCUGACCUGAUUCGUAACGCGAUGGUCUGCGUUAUGCUCCGCAUUCUCGAGUAUCACCCCGGAAUAUUGUUUCUGACAACCAACCGGGUUCGAACAAUUGACCCAGCCUUUGAGAGUCGUAUCACCGUUGCUCUUCGAUACGAAGCGCUUGACCGUGAUGCUAGGUCGAAAAUAUGGAAAAGUCAAAUUGAACGACUUCCGACUCGUGGGUCCCCGAAUGUCGACUAUCGCAGACUUGCCGAACAACCACUCAACGGAAGACAGAUCAAGAAUGCGGUCAGAUUAGGGCUUAGUCUUGCUGCCGAAAAGGAGAGUCCACUGACAGAAUCCAUACUGCUCACCACAGUGGAGGUCAUUUCUAUGGGGCGCCAAAACAUUUUAGCAGAUGAUACGUGGGAGGAACGUGUAUGAAUUCCUUGAACUACGGAACUUUGGAGAGCAUAUUGGAAUCAUUAGUUGUGUGUAGAAUUAGAACCAAUAUAAGGUCGAGUUGGCUUAUCACUAAG